GGGAGCGAGCAGGCGCCGCAGAGGGGCCAGAGCAGGGAGCGCAGCCCGGGACUCGGCGGGGGCAACCUCUACAGCCGCGGGUACUCCGCGUCCGGGGCUCCCCUACUCCCUUUCAAUGAAGAGAUUCAAAUGCUGUUUUAAAUACCCACUGCAACAGAAAGUUUUCAUCCUAUUUUUAACUCUCUGGCUGUUCUCCAUAUUAAAACUUCUAAAUGUAAGAAGACUCCUCUUCCCUCAAAGAGACAUUUAUUUGGUUGAGUACUCUUUAAGUACCUCACCUUUUGUAAGAAACAGAUACACCCAUGUGAAGUAUGAAGGCAGAUAUGAAGUUAACUGUUCAGGCGUCUAUGAACAGGAGCCUUUGGAAAUUGGCAAGAGUCUGGAAAUAAGAAGAAGAGACAUCAUCGACUUGGACGAUGAAGAUGUUGUGGCAAUAACCAGUGAUUGUGAGGUUUAUCAGACCAUAAGAAGCUACCAUCAAAAGCUUGUUUCAAGGGAGGAGAAAAGAUUCCCAAUAGCCUAUUCUUUGGUUGUUCACAAAGACGCCAUUAUGGUUGAAAGGCUCAUCCGUGCUAUCUACAACCGUCACAAUAUCUACUGCAUCCAUUAUGACCGCAAAUCACCUGAUACCUUCAAAGUUGCCAUGAACAGUUUAGCUAAGUGCUUCUCCAAUAUUUUCAUUGCUUCCAAAUUAGAAGCUGUGGAAUAUGCCCACAUUUCCAGGCUCCAGGCUGAUUUAAAUUGCUUGUCAGACCUUCUCAAGUCUUCAGUGCAAUGGAAAUACGUUAUCAACCUAUGUGGGCAAGACUUCCCUUUGAAAUCAAACUUUGAACUAGUGUCAGAGUUGAAGAAACUUGAUGGAGCAAACAUGCUAGAGACAGUGAAACCCCUUAACAGUAAAAAGGAAAGAUUCACUUUUCACCAUGAACUAAGACAUAUGCCUUAUGAAUAUGUGAAGCUACCAAUAAGGACAAACAUCUCCAAGGAAGCACCCCCCCAUAACAUUGAGAUAUUUGUUGGCAGUGCUUAUUUUGUCCUAAGUCGAGCGUUUGUUAAGUAUAUUUUCAACAAUUCCCUUGUUAAAGACUUUUUUGACUGGUCUAAAGAUACAUACUCCCCUGAUGAGCACUUUUGGGCAACCCUAAUUCGGGUACCAGGAAUACCUGGGGAGAUUUCCAGGUCCGCCCAGGAUGUAUCUGACUUACAGAGUAAGACCCGCCUUGUCAAAUGGAAUUAUCAUGAAGGCCUUUUCUAUCCCAGUUGUACCGGUUCUCACCUCCGAAGUGUAUGUAUCUAUGGUACAGCAGAAUUAAGGUGGCUUAUAAAAGAUGGACAUUGGUUUGCUAAUAAAUUUGACUCUAAGGUAGACCCUGUGUUGAUUAAAUGUUUAGCAGAAAAGCUUGAAGAACAACAGAAAGAAUGGAUCACUUUGUCUUCAGAAAAGGUAUUUGUGGAUCAAAAUCCCACAGCCCCAUCAUUACAGUAAAAUCAUGAUGAAAACAAGAGGGUGUCUGAUUAACGGUUUAAUAUGGACUUGUCUACAAUACCAUGCUCAGUACCAUUUGAACUGAAUCCUUUCAGAGUUUGAAAGGUGUCUAAAAUUCCAGGCAUAAGAGAAGCUGGCCUGGCUUGGUGAUUGUUAGUCUGCAGUUGGUUAGUCUUUUUUAUGUUUGUUUUUGCUUAUAAUCUCACUGAGCCAAAUCACUGAUCUUAAACAUUCAGUUAGUCAGGUAUUUAUUGAGCACCUACUGUAUGCCAAGCACUUUUGUCAGAAAACAUGUUAAAUUCAAGUUGUAAUGAGUUGUACUUGAGAUACAGUAGCUUACUCUAAUCACACAGCAAACUUAAUAUCUUUAGUUUCUUCACAUAACAAUCAAAACUGUAUUGUAAAAAGCUUUUGGAGUAUGUGGUAAUCGUGUAACCACAUAAACCACCCGUUUCAGAAUAGUGUUUAAGUGCAGUAACCAACACUCCAUUUGUCUCUUACUUCAGCUCUCUAGACUUUUUUCUUAACCAUUAAAAUACUAGGAGGAGAGACUUGGCUACCUCAGAAGAGCUCCAAGAAUUGUCCAGUUUCCUGUUUGCCAAAGCAUAAUUUGCUUUUUGGUACAUCAGUUCAGUUUUCAGGGCCGAGAAGACUGUUGGUAGGGCAUUUAUAGUGUAUGAAUGUUGGGGAAGGCAGUGGAGAUUGGGUGCAAGAGUAGGGGGUCUGGAUCAGCUGGUGCUUGAAGAGGAACAAAAGGAUUCAUUCAUACAAGUUUUGCGUCAUGUACACAGUGGUGGCGUGAAUGGCUUCUUCUUUAGGUGAUCCGUUUCUUUAAGACACAUUUACUGAUAAAAAUAAGAACUCAUUAAUAGUUCUAAGUAUCACACCCCAGAACAUCGAAGCUAAGUCUUCCAGUUCUUAGAUUAUCAUUAUAGGCAGGUUUCUUUACAAUGGAAUCCUUUCUAUGGAAUUAGUAUACUUUUGUUUUAUGGAACGAUCAACCUAAAUCUCACCUAGUUUUCCUGAAAAGUUUAUGUGAAAUAUGACCACUUUCUAAAUUAAAUAUUAUGGUUAUUUAAAAUUUUUUCUUAUUUCUCUGGCAGCUGUCCAAGUAGAAUCCAAAUUUAAAGUUUUAAAAGCUCUACUAAGUUCAUUGUAAUCUUCUAUGUAUCAGCUUAGAUCCAGAGAGAAAAAGCUAAUCUUCCUAAGGACACAGUUGGAAUAUUCAUUAGUGAUAUUUUGUAAAACCCACACCUUAGAAAACUAUCCAAAGAGUCAAAUAUACAUAUAUUAAUGUCUAUUGUGCUGGAGAUGAAAUGGGUCAGGGGCGUGGUUCAGGGAGCAGGUUGAAGAGUUGCCUGCUUAUAAUAUUUUCACCAAUCUUUUGGGAAAUGGUGGAACUUACGUAAAAAUUUCUUGGCGAUCUUACGUUUCAGUGUCUGCCUCAGCAUCUACUUAAAGAUGUAGCUAUCAAUGCCAAGAUGUGACUAUUUGGAAGACGGCAGUAUUUGAAUAUUUGUUUAAAAAAUACGUUGUGUUCUACGUGUGACAUGCCCUUUGAUUCCUUGUUUUAAAUUCAUGAUAUUAACUGCCAAGUGGCACCACUUGUGUCUCCCUUUCUUCUUCUCUUGAACUCAUUUUCCUUACUUUUUUUUAUACCUCCUUCAAAGUAUUUUAUUCUUUGGAAAACAACUAUGACCAAGCCCCUGUUCUUAAAAAUAAGUAACCGUUGUAUAGAGCUAAGUUCUGCAAAAGGUCUUCACCAGUUUUUUAGUGCAUGUGACCAUGGACAGGUUACGGCACGUUGGUCUCUAUGAACCUCAGUUUUCCUGGUCUUUGUGAAACAAGGACUUGGAUGCCUAUCCUGGCUUCCUCACAAGUUUUUUGUGAGAAACAACUGAAAAUAGUAUGCAAAGUGGUUUGAAAAUGGGUACACGCUGUAGAAAUGUCAGAUUGUACUAGUAUUAUAAGGCAGACAUAGAUCCAACCCC